UUUAUAUUAACUGAAUCUAACCUCGCAAAAAUUCUGAUCAAUAAAACGAUCGCCUCUGCCGUUGCACACAGCAACAAUUAAUUUGGUCUGUAAUCGACGGGAAACUGUUAGCUGACGAUCAAAGCAGUUUUAUCUUGUAGUUUAAGCAAGUGCCUUAUUUUUACGCGUCUAACUGCAAAAAGAAAAAAAACAUGGAUGAACCGAGUUUGUCGAAUCCGGAAGAUACAAAGCGAAUUUCGAGGAGCGAAGAAGACCGUUCGUUCGACGAAGUGAUUGGACAUAUUGAGGAUUUAUUGUUGGAGGAAGAUUUUCAAGCCCUUCAGAAUAAAUUUUUAGAAAAGUAUUGGAAUGUUUUCGAACCAGUAGAAGAUAACAAAUUAAUUUACACCGAUAUAUUCAACGAAUAUAAUAAAGAUGUGGAGGCAUACAUCGUGGAUUAUUUAAAGAAAGUCAUGCCGCAGUUCACAGUAAACACUCUUUUACAUCAAUUAAAUGAGAAGCAGAAGCAAACGGAGCUGGAAGGUGAAGUUUUUGAGGUACUGUCAACGAUAACAGAUUUCUUGGCUUUUAAGGAAAUGUUCUUGGAUUACAGAGCGGUAUGUAAGAUCAUUCUAAUUUUUUUUCAUAUAGUCUAUGUGUAUAUUACAAAAAAUUCUUUACAGAUGAAAGAAGGUAAGGUUGCAGAUCUCAGUUGUGGGAUAUCUAUAACAUCUUUGAAAUCCUAUAAUACCGAAGACUGCAAAGAUCCAAGAUAAUACAAAUAAUUUUAGCAUAAAGAUGAAAGCUAGAUUGAAUAUGAGUAAAGAUGGCAUAAAAUGUGAUAUAAAUUGGAAAUAUUAAUCAUUGUGUUCACUACUUAUUAAAUUAAUGGAUAAUGUAUUUGCAAAAAUCUAUAUUCAGUAUAUCACGUACAUUUAUAAAUAGAAAUACAAAAAUAAUUCGAGUAUCA